UUUUCAAAUAAUUCUUUAAAAUCAUGUAAAGUUUAUAUUGCACUUACUGUAUCUGGAAAAGAAUGCUACGACCGGCUUCAUGUAAAAGCUGUGGUGGUGGUAAACAGGUUGGUGCCAAGGAAUGCGAUUCAGUUUGAUCAGUUGCCGGCCGGUUUUCAACAAUAUCAGACGUAAAAUUCUCUUCGUCAUACUCUAACCAUGGGAAUCGAUCUUUACUACGUUCCAGGAAGUUCGCCAUGCAGAGCUGUACUUUUAACAGCAAAAGCCAUCGGUUUAGAUCUAAAUUUAAAGUAUACAGAUCUUAUGAAAGGAGAACAUCUUACUCCGGAAUUUAUACAGAUGAAUCCUCAACACACCAUCCCUACUUUAAACGAUAACGGCUUUUGUUUAUGGGAAUCCCGAGCCAUUAUGACUUAUUUAAUCGAACAGUAUGCGAAAAAUGAUUCUCUUUAUCCUAAAGAUCCCAAAAAGCGUGCAUUGAUCGAUCAAAGAAUGUAUUUCGAUCAAGGAACUUUAUAUCAACGUUUUGGCGACUACUAUUACCCCGUUAUGUUUGCUGGCCAAUCUUUUGAUCCUGCAAAAUUAACAAAAUGCUCAGAAGCAAUGAAAUUCUUUGAUACAUUCUUACAAAAUUCUGAUUACGCAGCUGGAUCUGAGCUAUCUGUGGCUGAUUUAACCUUAGCCGCAACCGUAGCAACAUAUGACGCAGUUGGUUUUGAUUUAAGCCCAUACACAAAUGUUAUGAAGUGGUAUAAUAAAAUGAAAGAAAUGCCCGGAUAUGAAGAAGCCAAUGGGAAAAAUGCUUUAUUAUUUAAAGAACUAUUCGAGACUUUAACUAAGAAGUAAACAACAAACUUAUGAGUAAACUUAUUAUACUCAAAAAAAUUGCUUUUUUAAUAUACACAUUGCAUUCUUUGAAAUAAAAUUUAUCAAUGCUAA